GCAUUCGAGCUGGCAACAGGAGACUAUUUGUUUGAACCACAUUCUGGGGAAGACUAUUCCAGAGAUGAAGACCACAUAGCCCACAUCAUAGAGCUGCUAGGCAGUAUCCCAAGGCACUUUGCUCUGUCUGGAAAAUAUUCUCGGGAAUUCUUCAAUCGCAGAGGGGAACUGCGGCAUAUCACCAAGCUGAAACCCUGGAGCCUCUUUGAUGUACUUGUGGAAAAGUAUGGCUGGCCCCAUGAAGAUGCUGCGCAGUUUACAGAUUUCCUGAUCCCCAUGUUAGAAAUGGUUCCAGAAAAACGAGCCUCAGCUGGCGAAUGCCUUCGACAUCCUUGGUUGAAUUCUUAGCAGAUUCUACAAAUAUAGCAUUCUGAGCUAGCAAAUGUUUUCCAGUACAUUGGACCUAAAACGGUGACUCUCAUUCUUUAACAGGAUUACAAGUGAGCUGGCUUCAUCCUCAGACCUUUAUUUUGCUUUGAGGUACUGUUGUUUGACAUUUUGCUUUUUGUGCACUGUGAUCCUGGGGAAGGGUAGUCUUUUGUCUUCAGCUAAGUAGUUUACUGACCAUUUUCUUCUGGAAAUAAUAACAUGUCUCUAAGCAUUGUUUCUGGUGUUGUGUGACAUUCAAAUGUCAAUUUCUUUUGAACGAAAAAUACUUUCCCCUUUGUGUUUUGGCAGGUUUUGUAACUAUUUAUGAAGAAAUAUUUUAGCUGAGUAUUAUAUAAUUUACAAUCUUAAGAAAUUAUCAAGUUGGAACCAAGAAAUAGCAAGGAAAUGUACAAUUUUAUCUUCUGGCAAAGGGACAUCAUUCCUGUAUUAUAGUGUAUGUAAAUGCACCCUUGUAAAUGUUAAUUUACAUUAAAUAUGGGAUGAGGACUCAAAUUUCAGAAAAACUACCAAGUCCUGAGUGCUUUAUAGUCUAAGUUGCAUGUAGCAGACUUUCACUGCUCCAAGGAGUUGUACAAACUUUUCAUUCCAUAACAGUCCGUUUACAUGGAUUUCAAACAAAGUGGUUCUGGAUUACAAGAUGUCAUUCCCGCUAUGGCACUUUAAAGGAAGAAAACACAUGCUUCUCACCCUAAAAAUAAUCUAGCGGUCCCAUUUGUAUUUUUGCAUAUUUUUAAAAGUACUUUUAAAAAAAAGUGAUUUUCCUUUAAAAAUGUAAUGGCUUAGUACCAUGUAGUAUUGCCUCCUCCAAGUACUGUAAAUUAAAUAUGUAGAUUAAAUUGGGCAAGAGAAACAUGUUCAGUGUGUGGAAUGAAAAUACUCUAUUUUUGGAAAAGCAUGAUUGUGUUUGUCUAAAACACAAGGUCUGGUAUGUACAAUUUACAAUGCAAUGGGCAAAGUAUAUGCUUCACACCUCAAAGGCAACAGUGACCGUGUUCAUUCCAUAGGCAGCUUUAUGGGUUGGCGACAGCAAGUUUUACUCACUUUUUUUCAUGAAUGAGAAAAUGAUUUUUCCCUUUGCAAGUUGCACAGUUUCUGUUCAUGCAUUUCCUCAAAAUUAAUUGUAGAAUCCAGGAUACAAAUCGUUAGUAGGCAAUGCAAUUUUAAAAUGUAUGCUAUAGAGGUAUAUCCAGCCUCUUUUAGAAGUCAGUGGAUUGAAUGUCAUUUUAUUUUAAAUUUUACAUUCAUUAAGGUGCCUCGUUUUUUCUUGACUUUGUCCAUUAACAUUUAUCCAUAUGCCUUUGCAAUAACUAGAUUGUGAAAAGGUAACAAGUGUUGUAACAAUUAUUCAUUGUUUGGGGUGCUUGCAGUUGUCUUAAAAAAUUAAAGUGUUUUGGUUUUUUUUUUCCC